AUGACAUCCACUCAGACCCUGAAAGAACCCUUCCUCAAUCCUGCAUGCACGACAAUCCUCGUCACUGGUGCGUCAGGCUACAUUGCCAGUCAUAUUGUCAAUGAGGCACUCUUACUAGGGUACAGUGUCCGCGGCACAGCGAGGACCCAGGAGAAAGCCACGAAGACUCACAAGACUUUUCAAGAUAACCCGCGCUACUCGACGGUCAUAGUGUCGGACUUUGGUCAUGCCAGCGAAGAGGUUGACGAUGCGGUCAAAGGCGUCGAUGCUAUCGUACAUGUGGCUGCUGAUAUGACGUUCUCGGGCGACCCGGAAUCGAUUCAGGGUGUGGUGAGAGGAACAGAAUUGCUUCUUCAAGCUGCUGCGAAGGAGGAAAGUGUGAGGAGGUUUGUGCUGACGAGUAGUAGCACGGCUGCUUUGUUACCACUACCCAGUACCGAGUUCACCGUCACCUGGGACACAUGGAACGACAUCGCUGUCGAGACCGCUUACAACAAGCGUGGCGAAUCAAUCGGACCAAACUCAUAUCCCUUCGUUGUCUACGCAGCCAUGAAGACUCAAAGCGAAAAAGCUCUCUGGAAGUUUAUGAAGGAGCAAAAUCCACCUUUCACUGCAAAUGCUAUUCUACCUAAUAUGAACUUCGGUCGCAUUCUGGAUUCACCUGGUGCAACUGGCUCGAUUGUCCCAUUCAUUUUCGAAAAAGGGGAACGACCACCUCUCACUCCGCAAUACUUUAUUGAUGUGAUUGAUGAUGCGAGGUUGCAUCUCAUUGCUGCUGUGCUGGAUGAGAGUAUCGUGAAUCAGAGAAUAUUUGCCUUUGCGGAACCGUUCAAUCUGAAUGAUUGUGUUGAGGCGAUCAGGCGUGUGAGGCCGGACGUCAAGAGUGAGAUGAAAAUUGACGAAGCCGAAGGUAGAGAUCUGAGCAAGGUGGCGACUGAGAAGGGCGCCGAGUUAUUGCGGGCUUGGUAUGGACAAAAUGGAUACAAGAUGUUCGAUCAGAGUGUGGCUGAGAAUUUGGAGGGCUAUUGA